GCACUUUAACCUUCCCGCCUCGGUAUAUAUAGUCUGUGCAACUAUCAGAGUUCUCCUGGCAGCCACCAUGAAGGGUACAGUCUCGAUCUGCUGUUUCCUCUCCCUGCUAUUUCUGCAGGCCACAGCAGAAGAGCAAGAUUUUACCUCCGUCCUCAGGGACAGAUCUCACAUCGAUGAGACGCUGCGGCUUGCGGCUGAUGAAAAAGCGGCCGACUAUGCAGCUGCUAUACAGAGGUUGCGGAAGAUCUACCACUCGUCCAUUAAGCCGAUGGAACAGGCCUACAAGUACAAUGAACUGAGGCAGCACGAGAUCUCAGCCUACCCCGGACGAACCCUGGGGGACUCAGCCACAGAUGGUGAGAUUACCUCCAAGCCCAUGGUGCUGUUCCUGGGACCGUGGAGCGUAGGAAAGUCCUCCAUGAUCAAUUACCUCCUGGGCUUGAGCGACAGCCCGUAUCAGCUCUACACAGGAGCUGAGCCUACUACCUCUGAGUUUACCGUCAUCAUGCACGGAGAAAAGAUCCGCUCCGUUGAGGGCAUUGUCAUGGCGGCGGACAGCUCCCGCUCCUUCUCUCCCUUGGAGAAGUUCGGCCAGAACUUCUUGGAGAAGCUGAUCGGUAUCGAGAUGCCCCACAAGCUGCUGGAACGUGUGACUUUUGUGGACACACCUGGAAUCAUCGAGAAUCGGAAGCAGCAGGAGAGAGGCUAUCCCUUCAAUGAUGUGUGCCAGUGGUUCAUUGACCGUGCAGACCUUAUUUUUGUGGUGUUUGACCCCACCAAGCUGGACGUUGGCCUUGAGCUGGAGAUGCUCUUCAGGCAGCUGAAGGGUCGCGAGUCUCAAAUCCGCAUCAUCCUAAACAAAGCCGACAACCUGGCCACCCAGGACUUAAUGAGAGUCUAUGGAGCGCUCUUUUGGAGCUUGGCUCCCCUCAUCAAUGUGACUGAACCCCCCCGCGUCUACGUCAGCUCCUUCUGGCCGUAUGACUACGCACCUGACACUAGCCGUGAGCUCUUCAAGCGAGAGGAGAUCUCACUCCUGGAAGAUCUCAACCAGGUGAUUGAGAACCGCAUGGAGAACAAGAUCGCCUUCAUCCGCCAGCAUGGCAUCCGGGUACGCAUCCACGGCCUGCUGGUCGACCGCUACGUCCAAACCUUCAAAGAGAAAAUGAGCUUCUUCAGUGACCCCGAGCUGGUCUUCAAGGAGAUCGUGGACGACCCAGACAAGUUCUAUAUCUUCAAGUCCAUCCUGGCCAAGACCAACGUCAGCAAGUUUGACCUGCCGAACCGCGACGCUUACCGUGACUUCUUUGGCAUCAACCCAAUCACCAACUUCAAGGCUCUGUCAGCUCAGUGCUCCUACAUCGGAGGCUGCCUGCUGGAAAAAAUUGAGAAGGCGAUCACCAAUGAGCUGCCUGCCCUUCUGAGCAGCAUUAACUCUGGCAAACAGCCUGGCCUGUCCUCCUGCGAGGCCACUGGCUGCGGUGAGAAGCCAAAGAAUCGUUAUCGAAAGAACUGAGAGACACAAAAUAACCCGAGCAGAGGAAGUGAGGGGAAAGAGGAGGAGAAGAGAACGGGGUCUGGUGGAAGCCAGCCUGGAUUUUGUCAGAACGCUUUUAUUGUUGAGGAGCCCGAUCAGAGAAGAUUAAUGUUUGUUUUUUCUUUUUCCUCAGGAGAUUCAGGAGAAAUGCAUUUAGGUACUGUGAGAAUGAUGCAGAUAGUGGGAGAUAGGGGGUCAUUGUUUGAUAAGGCAGCUUAAGGACACAAGUGCAGAAGAAAUAAUAACACGCCACCAAGUUUUUCGAAAAACACACGCCCUCCUCUUUCUCUUGCAUAUUCGCAUUGGACUGUGUGGGACUUUGGGGUUGGGGAAUUAAUGAUGUGAAGAAACAAAUGGAAAUGAAUGCCUAAGAUGAAAUAAAAAAAAAAUGUAAAUCCUAAGGCUGAAAUAGUCAAAUACCAGCUCCCUUGUAUGUGAAUAAAACAGAAAAAGUGGAAAUCUAUUCAAGUGCAUUGCAGCAGGUCAAUUCCACCAGCUUCAGGAGUAGCAUUUUUUUUGUUGGGUGCUAUAAAAAGCCUUUGUGUUUGGGUAGCCAACCAAACCUUCGCUUUCGAAAAUGGAUUAACUUUGCAUGCUAGCUAUCCCAUUUUUUUAUUUAACAGAUGCAUGUAUUUUUCCUUCUAACAAACACAUGUAAUGUUUCCUCGUGUGCCUGACACCUGAAGCAAUCCGGUGAAGAAAUAGAGCCUUUUUAUUCUUUUUCUCUCUUAGUUUUGUACGCUUGUCGGUUUUGGUUGUUGACAACCAGUGAAACAAGCAGAGGUCAGGGUUCAAGGGUCGGAGUCUAAAGAGCGGAGUGGGUAUGCUAAUUCUAAUUCACCUCUUAACUGUUCUUACUGUUUUUGUUUGAGUCUAUAAAUUUGCCAGCCUUUGGCACAAACUCAAUACUGUGUUAAGAAGUAUUUUGUUCCUCCAAUGAUAAGCUUCCCACCUUUUUUUUCUUUCUUUCUUUCUUUCUUUUUUUUGUUUAGCUGUUUAGUGACCACAUAAAAAACACAUGUGACAUGUUUGAAUUAAGCUCUUUUUAACCAUUUUUUUUUUGCCUCAUAUUCUGCAGGUUAGAAAAUAUGUAUUUCUCUGUAUAACGUUCCAUAUGGGCAUUGAAGCAAGCCGUGUGUGUGUGCGCGCACUGACAAAUCUUGGUGGUGGACCACUCUGAUGGUGGAUUUCUUAGCUUGCAAAAGUGAGAUGGAUGUGAAGGUGAAGUGGAGGACUGAGCCCUGACCUCUAUGGAAAGACGGAAAAUCCGAAUGCUGACCUUGCCUCCACAAUGUUAAAGGAUGACGCUCGUAAGGUCUUAUGUAACUGUCCCAGUGUCCCAGUAUCAGUAGGCUGAAAGUUUGGAAAAACACACUUUGAAACAAGCUACUGUUUCCUCAGCAAAAAAAAAAAAAAAAAGAAAAAAUCCAAAAAAUGCCAAAUCAUACUUUAAAUACAAAGUCCUACAGAACAGGUACCAGCCGUGAGCCCCACUCAAAGAUUUAAUAUGACUCACUUCCAUCACCCUCCCCUCAUUAACCCCCUCCCACUGCUGUAUCCAGCUAAAUUCUAAGGCAUGCUCCUGAUGAAUACAGCCAACUCCAAGGAAGCUUCGUUAUUUCUAUUUGUUUGAUUGUGAGUGCUCCACCGGAUGUGUUUUGACAUGUUUACACUGCAGAUCCAGAACUUGCCCACUAGAGAGUGCUGUGUAAAAGUGCAAAAAAGAUAACAGACCACUUAGUAACUCUCACCACCUGGAAAUACACACACAUAUAUAUAUAUAAAUAUAUAUAUAUAAAAAAGUAUAUCUCAGGCUUCAUGGCAUCAUGUGGUUGUUUUUCAGAGUCACUUAUCAUCAUUUAGUUGUGAAUUAGACGUUGAAUGGAUGUGUGGCCCAUCGAAGUUAGCUAGCUGUUGAUUCACUUUUCUUUUGUUUGUUUGGUAUAAAAAACUUUGAAUUAACAAAGGCCCAAGUUUUGGAAGCGUGAUCACAAAGAAUAAAGAUUUCUGAUGGAAA